UUCAUAUGUCUCUAAAGAAUUUUACCUUUUGUUUUUAUUACUAACUUUAAACAUUUUUUUCUGUUUCUGAUCUUUCACCAUAACAGAACUGACAACCUCAUUCAACAGUAUAACGAUUAUGACGAAGUCUAUUUCAUCAUUACUUAUUAUCCUUAUCUUCUUCUUCUUCCUAACAGCUAUUGUUGAAGUAACUCCUAAUGCACAUUUUGAUCAACCAUAUACUGACGAUUUUCAAUCACAUUGGUUAACUAAUUCUAAUGAUUUAUUAAAAUGAUGGUUUGAUCAUAAACGAGUGAUUGAUUCAAAUAGAAAUCGUGCUGCUGCAUCAUCAUUAUUCAAUGUUCUACAUCCCGUUAUUCCAUUUAAAGGAUGUAUUGAUCCAUCGGAACUAUUUCAAUGUCCUCAAAGUCAACAAUGUAUUGCUUUCCAAUUUAUUUGUGAUUGUCCUGAUAAUCUUGAUGGAAAUGAAGAAACAUGUAUUGCAGCUAAGCGUUCAGCAGAGGAAAAUAUUGAAAAAUUUCUUCAUGCUGCAUAUACAUUACAUGGUUCAAAAUUAUUUACAUUUCUAUUUGGCGAAAAAACUUUCGAGAAGUAUUGA